AUGGAUAACAACCACCACGAUCACUACAACAAUAAAACCACCUCCCAAACACGCCUUAAGCUCUUCGGCUUCCACGUCCAAGAAGACGAAACCAUGCACGAUAAUCUCCAAGACUCAACAAACAAACCCACUUCUUCUUCAACCUCAACUUCCCCUUCAAGAUCACCGGACUCCUCCGGUGCCGGCGAAGCCUUUCCACCUUCCUCCGGUGAGAGAAAAUACGAGUGUCAAUACUGUUGUAGAGAGUUCGCAAACUCACAAGCACUCGGUGGACACCAGAACGCGCAUAAGAAAGAGCGUCAACAACUCAAACGUGCUCAGUUACAAGCUAACAGAAACGCCGCCGUUUCGUUUGUUAGAAACCCUAUGAUCUCCGCCUUUACUCCUCCACCGCACUUGCUCGCUCCGCCGGGGUCACUGAUGGUUACACCUUCUCCUUCGUCUUGGGUUUACCUCCCGCCGCGUUCUGCUCCGCCUCCGUUCCACGUGUCCGUUUCACACGGUUGCGUUUUCCCGUCGGGAAACGGAAACACCAUGAUGAGUAGUAACAAUAAUAAUAGUAAUUUUUCUGUUGUGAAAUCUGCGGGUGCAGGGAUGUUUCCGUGUGUUGGCGUUGUAGGGGAUUCAGUGUCUGCAUUGUCAACGGUGCAGGUACAAGCCCGGGCCCACAUGAUUGAUGGGCCCUGUUUGAGUAGGUUCAGUGGGCCCAAUUUCGAUGAUGCAUUGGGCUUGGAUUUGCACCUUAGUCUCGCGCCAGCUGCGGCUCGGUCUUACGGCUCGGCUCAGUUUGAGUAUUCUAGAUGCUCCCCUUAG